GAAAACAUCCCCAUCAGCGGUCAAUUCCCCAGAUCUGCGUGUUUCACACGACAAGGUUCGCACAUCCGCGUCUCCUCACAUUGACUUCCAAUGGAGACCGAUGCGCUGGCUCCCAAUGUCGACGAGGCCAGGCAGAACGCUUUGCGCGAUUAUCGUCGCGUGCUCUUGAAGCACAAGGAAACCGAUGCGAAGCUGAAAACACUGCGAGGCGAGGUGGAAGGGAAGCAGAAAGCCCUUGACAAAACCGAGGAUGACCUCAAGGCAUUACAGAGCGUCGGCCAGAUUAUCGGCGAGGUGUUGCGUCAACUUGAUUCUGAGCGCUUCAUCGUAAAGGCUUCCUCCGGUCCUCGAUAUGUGGUUGGAUGCCGAAACAAGCUCGACAAGGAGAAAAUGGUACAGGGAACCCGCGUUUCUCUUGACAUGACGACACUCACCAUUAUGCGCCAGCUUCCUCGUGAGGUUGAUCCGCUUGUGCAUAACAUGCUUGCGGAAGAUCCUGGAAGCAUAAAGUACAACGAGAUCGGUGGCCUAGGGGAACAAAUUCGCCAAUUGCGGGAGGUCGUCGAGUUGCCUCUUACAAACCCAGAGCUGUUUCAAAGAGUGGGUAUCAAGGCACCCAAGGGAGUCUUGCUAUACGGUCCCCCGGGAACGGGUAAGACGCUUCUUGCAAGAGCUAUAUCAGCAAAUCUUGACGCUGCGUUUUUAAAGGUUGUCGCAUCAGCCAUUGUGGAUAAGUACAUCGGAGAAAGUGCGAGGGUUAUCCGAGAGAUGUUCAACUACGCCCGCGAUCACCAACCAUGCAUUAUUUUUAUGGAUGAGAUCGAUGCCAUCGGGGGUCGCCGAUUCUCGGAGGGUACCUCAGCGGAUCGUGAAAUCCAAAGAACUCUUAUGGAGCUACUCAAUCAGCUGGAUGGAUUCGAUGAACUGGGCAAGGUCAAACUCAUCAUGGCGACUAAUCGCCCUGACGUUCUGGACCCUGCGCUGCUGCGACCGGGUCGGUUAGAUAGGAAAAUGGAGAUUCCUUUGCCGAAUGAGCAAGGACGUCUCGAUAUUCUGAAGAUCCAUGCAAGCAAGCUUACAAAGCACGGCGACAUUGAUUAUGAAGCCGUAGUGAAGCUGUCAGAUGGGUUCAACGGGGCCGAUUUGCGAAAUAUUUGCACGGAGGCAGGUUUGUUUGCAAUUCGUGACGAAAGGGAAUAUGUCAUCCACGAAGACUUCAUGAAAGGUGUUCGAAAGCUGGCGGACAAGAAGCAGUUGGAAGGCAAGCUCGAAUAUUCUAAGAAUUUCGGCGGCAAUAAGUAAACACUUAUAUGUAAAAUAUGAAAUUGUGGCUACGUUGCCAAGUGUCAAAAGUAAGUCAGGGAUGGGUAACGGUAAAUGCUGUGGAUGGCUCGUUGGUAUUUACAUGUCGUCUUGCGAAUGAACCUAUGAUCACGUUGCCCAUGGUAGCGAUCAGCUUGUAAUCACGACGCGGUCUUUUUCAUUUAGUACGGUGCCUGUUCGGGAACCUCAGAAUCCGAACCCUUCUUCGGAAAUGUGAGGCGAUUCUUCGCUGCAUGAAACAGGAAGUUUUCCGUGUCUCGAGGAGAAGUUGUUCCCCCAAGAGCAGUGACUGUGUCCAAGGCACGGUCCUUCUCAGUUGCAUCCUUAGUGAAGGCAUCAUGGUACAAAGCCAUAUACACAUGAGAGGUAACAUCGUCUUUCUCGUCAGCCUUGAUGGCAUCCGAAAGCUCUUGUUCUGCAACUGAGACGUCGCCAUAAAU